UGUUUAGCAGCUGGUAGUUAACCAUCUGCAGGUCCGCCAUAUUAACUCUUGUUUUUAAAAUUUAAAUAAAUCGAAAUAACUGGAAUAUAUGCUAACUGCUAUUUAUAUAACAUAUGAUUUCCAUUUGAGUAUUCAACUUAUGUUAAAUAGUGAAAGUAUUUUGCAGUCUUAAACAUCUCCAUAAUAAAUAUAACUAGGAUCUAUUCGACUAAGGCUGUUACCUAAGAUGGGGGACCGUGACAUCCCGACCGUACCUGUAACAACUUUAGCUGGUUUAACCAGCACUUCUGAUUUGCUUAGCGAGUUACCAGUGUCAGAUUCGCUUCGGAGUGCAGCGUCCUUAAACAAGUCUCUACUCUUCCAUGCUUUGGUGGCUAACGAAUCGAAUAAUUUACUUUCUGUGCGUGAUGAAAAUCUCGUUCGACAAUUGGUUACUGCCAUUGAAAGAACUAACUCUGACAAUAUAGAGUUAAAAUCACAUUACUUAAUUGAAGAACAAGAAGCUCGCAAUGAUUCUUGUCCAGAGUUACUUCAGGGAAUUUACAAUUUUCGCCCAGCGGUAUUUAACACUUCAUUAACUAUAAACUCUCCUGACCAACAUACUUGCAAUUCCUACCUAAUACCAGGAUGUAAUACAUCUAAGUUGUCAAAUUUAAACGAAGGUCUAUUGCAGAAGGAAUGUCAUCAGACAUGCAUUACCCAGUUUACCAGUAAGACUACAGGAGAAAUGUCAGAAGAAUUUUUACAAUUAAAUAUGAAGGGGAAGUCAACAGAAAACAAUAAUAUAAAAAGCAUCAUUAAAAACGCAGAUCGAAAUCAGAAUAAAAUUUUGACACCAAAUCGUCAGGAUAAAAAUUCUAAUCUAUCAGAAAAAACAAUACUGCAACCCUUAACACAAGAACAGUAUUUAAGUAACCAACAAGAACUCAAUUACAAGUCAAAAUAUGAUUUAAAUCAAGCAUCAACAGACGUUCGUCAAUGCGUUCAAAGUAUUUCUGAUAUUUUUCCACGAGCCUUAGAGUCGCCAAAUUUUAGUUUAGAAUCUGUAAAUAUUCAAAAUAUAUUGUAUUUACAAAGCCAACCUAUGACUGAAACUGAAACCACUCAAAUGCAAAACUCUCCACUAGAAUAUAUUUCAAAAAAACAGCAAAAGGAAGUGCUUGAAUUGCCAGGAAGUACAAAGCCACUUAUAUUUAAAAAAGGUAGUCUUGCGUAUAGUUCUGAGCAUCAACAAAACCAUAUGGCAUCAACAACUACAUCAACAUCUACUUCCUCAAGUGGCAAAUCCCAAGUUCGGGUAUGUAUAAAUCGUCUUAAUGUUAAAGAUACUCGCCUUAUGCAACAAAGUAUUAAAAAGUUUGUACAAAAGUCACCGGCAUUGGCUAGAAGUAUGGGGUUACUACAAGAAUCGUCUCAGCUACAACACGAAAAAAUGAGUACAGUUACGGAGGAAUCAGUAAAAGAGAGUGGUGCCGUCAGUACAACUAAUAUACUCAACAUUCCAAUUGACACAUUUUCUACUAUAAAAGCAGAUGAAAAACGAUUUUCUGCAAAACGAAAACUUGCCAUAUCUAUUGGUGACAUUCCCCCGGAACAAAUAUUCUCUAAGCCUAAAAUGCGACGGGUUGAAAGAAUAACUCCCAUGUCGAGCACAAAAUGUUUGAAAGAUGAAAUCACUCGGUCGCAAACAUAUCAACAAUUUAUGCGUAAUAUGGAUCAAAUAAUUGAAAUUUUAGACGAUAGUGAAUCUCCCAACUUUGACUCAGAAGACGUCGACGAAAGUAUUGAGUGCAUUUCACCAAAACUUCUUAAUACAAUGAGUACUGAUGUUGCCAAGUUAAAAGCUAAGCAUGGUUUAGACUCUAUACCGAAAAAUAAAUUAACUCUUCUUAUAAAUUAUGCAAUGCGAAACGUUUAUUUAGCCAGGAACUAUUUUGCUGGACCGGAGGACGAAGAGGAAAUUGUAGAUGAUGAAGUUAUUGAGAAAAUACUUAACGCCAUGGAUGCCUGCUUGCUUAUAUGUAACAUUUAUUCUACAGUUAGCGACUUAAAAUUUUUGCAAGAGGAUAAUAUAUCACACAUCAUAAAAUUUACACAAUUUCAACUACGUGAAACAAUAUUUCCUCUCAAUGACCCGGUUUACACUGUAAAAAGUAUGAAAAAAACCAAUAACCGUAAAAAAAUUAAGUCACAUCAAGCUCACAAUAGAAGUCUUCAGCUAUUUUACUCAAAAACUGUAGAGCUUUUAAAGGUGUUUGUAGCACUUUUUGACAAAUGUGUCUUUGUUGAUACAAUAGUUCUACCAUUGUCAACGUUAGCUAUUGAGCCAUUUUUCGUUGACAACAUUGAAACGCUGCAAUUUGUAUGCUUGGAACUCGUAACUACAAUAUUUCGAAAGGACAGAUACGAUAAAAUUAGAAACAGUAUUUUAGGAGACAUUUUGACAUCAAUUGAUCGCUUACCUUCAUCAAAAAAAAACCUUCGCCCAUAUAAACUUACAAAUAAUGGAGGAAAUAUUCAAAUGGUUACGGCACUUGUUCUACAACUUAUUCAGUGUGCUACAAUUUUACCAGACUCACUUUGUGAUAACGGAAAAUUAAGUAAUAAGUCUCAAGAGUGUGCUGCUAUUGACGAAAAUACUACAGGCGGAGAUAAAAAACCAUUAAAACCAAAUCAGGAUAUAUUGGUUUUACAAAAGUAUGAUGUAGCUGUCAGUAUUGGUGGAAACUUCUUAACCACUUUUUUAAACAAAUGCAAGUCACGGUCCAAUGAAACUGAUUUUCGGCCUCUUUUUGAAAAUUUUAUUCAUGAUCUACUGGCCACUGUUAACAAGCCUGAAUGGCCCGCAUCUGAAUUGUUACUUUCCCUUUUGGGAACAAUGCUGGUCCGAUAUGUGUCUGAUAAAGGUAUAGAACAAAGUAUUCGCUUAGUUUCAUUGGAUUACCUUGGCAUAGUAGCUGCACGAUUGCGUAAGGACACUGUUGAGUCUCGAUGUAAGGUUAACAUAAUUGAUUCAAUGAUAAUGUCCAUAAAAGUAGAACAAGAAAAGGAGGGCGACUUUACAGAGAAGAGUGAUCAAUUUGAAUUCCAUCCCGAGGAGCGGAGAACAGAGUUUCUACAAAAAAUACUUCUCGAUUUUCUAGCUGUAAACGCUCAAGAAGAAAAUUUAAUCUGGGACUAUGCUCGGCAUUUUUAUUUGGCACAGUGGUAUCGGGACGUAAUUUAUCAAAGACGUCGAAUAAAGGAUGGUAAAAAAAGUUUGGCUGUGAGGAAGUCUAAAAGUCGAACUAAGCACAGGACUGAUGGUGAAUAUUUGGAUACAUCUGAUUCUGGAUCGUGUGAAGAAAUUGAUACUGAAGAUAUAAAAAAAAUUGGAAAUCCCUACAUUGACAAUACUGAUUUUGAGCUAAAUAUUGAAGUAUUUAAUGCCUUAGAGGAAAGAAAGCAAUAUUUAAUUAACAAAAUUAAGCCAUUUUCCGUUUCUGGCGAACAAAACCACUCAUCCAAUCAGCACAUAAAAACAUACAUAGAUUAUAAUAAUGCACAGCUCAUAGCGCAGUAUCUAGCUACUAAACGGCCUUUCAGUCAAUCAUUCGAUGGAUGCUUAAAAAAAAUUAUUUUAGUCGUUAAUGAACCCUCAAUAGCAGUACGGACUCGCGCAAUGAAAUGCCUUGCAAACAUUGUGGAAGUUGACCCGUUGGUACUGAAACGGAAAGACAUGCAAAUGGGAGUAAAUCAGAAAUUCCUAGAUACAGCUAUUUCAGUACGAGAAGCUGCGGUCGAUUUGGUGGGAAAGUUUGUUCUCAGCAAUCAAGAAUUAAUCGAUCAGUAUUACGACAUGCUGUCUACUCGAAUUUUGGACACUGGAGUUUCCGUUCGAAAAAGAGUCAUUAAAAUUUUACGUGAUAUUUGUAUAGAAUAUCCGAAUUUUGAAAAAAUUCCCGAAAUUUGUGUUAAAAUGAUACGACGUGUAAAUGAUGAAGACGGCAUACAAAAACUGGUUACUGAAGUUUUUAUGAAAAUGUGGUUCACACCAUGUAUAAAAAAUGACAAACUCGGCAUACAAAGGAAGAUUAAUCAAAUAAUUGACGUGGUAAAUACUGCACAUGAUACUGGAACCACUUGGCUAGAAGGACUUCUUAUGAGUAUUUUCAAACCAAGAGAUAAUAUGUUAAAGUCUGAUGGAUGCGUACAAGAACCUAUAAAAAAAAAUACGGAGCCCCCACUGGAUAUUGUGAUAGCUUGUCAACAAUUAGCUGACGGAUUAGUUGACAGACUAAUUGAACUAGAAGACACAGAUAAUGCUCGAAUGUUGGGUUGUAUUACUACACUUCAUUUGCUAGCUAAAGUGCGGCCUCAACUGCUGGUUAGGCAUGCCAUGACAAUAGAGCCAUAUCUCAAUAUAAAAUGUCAUUCUGCCACAGCUGCGAAAUUUAUAUGUGCUGUUGCGGAUAUUCUUGAAAAAGUGGUUCCGCUGGUUAACAAUGCAAGUGAAUCUUUUUUGGCAACAUUGGAAGAGCAUUUAAUGUUAUUGGUUGUUUCACGGAACCAAGCCGAAGUCACUAGUUGUGUUUCUUGCCUAGGAACACUUGUAAAUAAGAUCACACAUAACUUCAAACUCAUCCGCGACUGUUUUCAAAAGUUUUAUCGAGUUCUUGAUGUUUCUCGAAAUCGUGUUAUACAAAGAAACUACAGUGUAGAUAAUAUUUACACUCCCAGCUUUCGGAGAAGUCUGUUUACGAUCGGAAUACUAAUGCGCUACUUUGACUUUAAGUCUCCUAUUGCAUUGGGGGAGACAAAUGGUGGACUUCCUCUCUCGAUAUGUGAUGAUGUAUUCGAUUGUUUGAUUUUCUUCUCCACUUGCGCCAACCAAGAAAUUAGAAAGCAAGCACUUAUUUCGCUUGGAUCCUUCUGUGUUUUAAACGAUGACUAUCUUACUAGAUCCGAGCUAAAAAGUUUGUAUUGUGAUAUACUAAGUUCAGUCGCAAACGAUGCUGGUUUUAAAAUAAUCUGCAUGCGUAAUAUUUGGAUUUAUUUAACGGAAUCUGAAAUGUUUAUGCAUAAUAAGGAAAAAGAAUGUAAGUAUGUUUUACACAGACGGUUAUUAAUCCUUUCGAUCCCAGGUUGCUUCUGAGCAAAUUGAUCAAUU